CGCUUCCUUCUGGAGAUUGUCAACAAUGUACCAUUUAUAGUCACUAUAUUUUAUGCACCUUUACGGAAUGUAUUUAUACCAGUGUUUCUUAACUGUUGGCUUGCGAAGUUUGUACUGGAAAACAUGUUUAACGAUUUACAUCGAGCCCUUCAGAAGUCCCAGUCCGCACUCUCACAGCGGCUGCUCAUCCUCACCGCCACCUUACUCUGCCUCAUAUUCACUAGCGUGUGCGGGUUCCAGCACUUUCAGAGGGCCGGCGUGGAGCACGUGGACCUGUUUGAGAGCUUCUACUUCGUGGUGGUGACGCUGUCCACGGUGGGCUACGGCGACUUCAAGCCAGACGUUUGGCCGUCGCAGCUUUUCAUGGUGGCCAUGAUCUGCGCGGCGCUCAUAGUGCUGCCAACGCAGUUCGAGCAGCUCGCCUACACCUGGAUGGAGCGUCAGAAGCUGGGCGGCACUUACAGCAUGCAUCGAGCCCAGAGCGAGCGCCACGUCGUAGUCUGCUCCACCACGCUGCGCGCCGACACCGUCAUGGACUUCCUCAACGAGUUCUACGCGCACCCGCUCCUACAGGACUAUUACGUUGUACUUCUGUCGCCAUGCGAAGUGGACGCGACGAUGAAGAUGAUUCUUCAAAUACCGAUGUGGGCGCAGAGGGUCAUCUACAUUCAGGGCUCUGCGCUCAAGGACACCGACCUCACUAGGGCCAGAAUGAAUGCAGCCGAGGCGUGCUUCAUGCUGGCAGCCCGAAAUUACGCCGACCUCGCAGCCGCCGACCAGCACACCAUCUUGCGGUCGUGGGCAGUACGCGACUUCGCACCAACUGUUCCCCAGUACAUUCAAAUAUUCCGUCCAGAAAAUAAAGUGCACGUGGCCUUCGCGGAACAUGUGGUUUGCGAGGACGAGUUCAAGUACGCCCUGCUGGCCAACAACUGCCUCUGCCCCGGUGCCUCCACCCUAGUAACGCUCCUGCUGCACACGUCGCGCGGGCAGGAGGGCCAGACGUCGGCCGAAGAGUGGCACCGACUGUACGGCAAGUGCUCGGGCAACGAGAUCUACCACAUCCGGCUGGCCGACAGCCGCUUCUUUGGCGAAUACGAGGGAAAGAGCUUCACCUACGCAUCCUUCCAUUCGCACAGAAAGUACGGUGUGGCGCUGGUGGGCGUGCAGACAGACGUGCACGGCCAGUGGCCCGUGCUGCUGAACCCGGGACCGGCCUACAUCAUGAAAGGAUCGGACAUCUGCUUUUACAUGAACAUCACCAAGGAGGAGAACAGCGCCUUCCUGCCCGCCGCCGGCGACGACGCCAAGGCUCAGGACGCCGUUGACAAGGCCGCCGCCGAUGCCAAGGCCAGGACAGAAAGCGGCAAAUCGCGGUUCGACUUUCGGAGCCGUAAGCAGCACCUGGAGGUUCCGAAGCCCGAGGAGGCGCGCGGUCGGCGACCAAGCAUCGCGCCCGUGCCCGACCUAGGCCAGAGCGAGGAGGGCGCGCAGCUCGACAGCGAGGACGAUGCUCUGGGCAUCGAGGAAGAGAAGUACCUCGAGAACUCCUGGAACACGCCGGCCGAGGAGUCCGAGAUUGUAAAAGGCUUCCCUCCAGUGACUCCGUACAUCGGCGUCAGUCCCAAGCUUUGCUACUUACUUAGAGACAAAAAGCCUCUCUGCUGCAUGCAGCUCGCUCAGCAAUGCGACCACUGCGAGUUCCACAACGCGAAGCAGUACAACUGGCCCAACCGAUGCGUUAUCCUGGCGGCCGACUUCGCCAGCAAAGGCAUCUACAACUUUAUCGUGCCCCUUCGGGCACACUUCCACAGCCCCAACAGCCUCAGACCCAUCGUGCUACUCCUUGAGAAGAAACCUCACGCGGCGUUCCUAGAUGCGAUUUCAUGUUUCCCAUUGGUGUACUGGAUGCAGGGUUCUAUAGACGACCUGGACGACCUGCUUCGGGCAGGCAUCAACCUAGCUGACAGCGUGGUAGUAGUGAACAAGGAGUCGUCCAAUUCAGCUGAAGAAGACUACCUGGCUGACUGCAACACCAUCGUGGCAGUGCAAACGAUGUUCAAAUUCUUCCCGAGCGUGCGCAUCAUCACCGAGCUGAGUCAGAGCAGCAACAUGCGCUUCAUGCAGUUUCGGGCGUUCGACACGUACGCGCUUCACCUUUCCAAGAUGGAGAAGGUGAGCCUGCUCAACCAGCGAGAAAGGGACCGUGGCUCACACAUUUCUUACAUGUUUCGGCUUCCCUUUGCCGCCGGCAAUGUGUUCAGCGCGAGCAUGCUGGACACUCUCUUGUAUCAGGCCUUUGUCAAAGACUAUGUGAUAACAUUUGUGCGUUUGCUUCUGGGCGUUGACCAAGCACCGGGAUCAGGAUUUUUGUCUUCGAUGCGAAUUACUAAGGACGACUUGUGGAUCAGGACAUACGGACGUCUAUACCAAAAACUUUGCUCAACCACAUGUGAAAUUCCCAUCGGCAUCUACAGGACACAAAGCACAACAAACCCCGAAGGAUCCACCGUCUCUCUGGACCUCCUAGACGACAAGGCCACGUUCAACGAGAACAUCGAGCGCCAGGAGAUCAGCACUUUGGUGCGCACGCGUAUGCAGGAUCUGGGCCUGCCCGUUCAAGAUUACGAUGAGGUAUCGGACAAGCGGCACAGUUUGUCGUAUGUGAUAAUCAACCCAAACUGUGACCUACCGCUCGAAGAAGGUGACAUCAUCUUUCUCAUCCGCCCGAGCCCCAUCUCGGGCAAGCGCAUCUUCCUCAAGCACGGCUCAGUGCGCAUCAAGACGCCGAGGCCCAGCCGCCGGGAGAACCCGUCGACGCGCGGCCGCUCCAAGCCCUCAUUCCGGCUCAACUUCAGCGCGCACAAGUCGGACUCGCUGCCUGUCCAAGAGAACGGUGGCCUCAGCCCACCGAAGCCACCGCAGGAGACUGCAUUCGAGCAGUCGGAAUGCAGUGUCCACGUGACGGCCGCGACUCCUUCGUCGACGGGCCAAGGGACGAUCGUAUGACGCCAGCUGAGGUUCCCUCUGGCAUGGAGGGCACGCCAUAGGGUCAACUGAAGAGCUUCACCCCCUCGUCGCAGGAAGAAGACGCGCGUCCACCAGCCGUGCACGCCGCAGCUGAACUUCAAGCUGCAGGCGGGCUCGCAGAGCAACCGCGUCGCAUGUCGCAAGUUCGACGAACGCCGCCUUCGGCAGUGCGCGAGACGCCGCGCGCCUGCCACGGUCUAGCGCGCUUGAGUUGCGCUCUGCGCAUGGCCAUAACCAGUCGAGCGCAAACCCCUAAUUCCAGAAACACGCAUGCGAAAAUCAACGCAUGCGCCCCAAGGCGUCGAUGUUGUGGUUUUCAAAGAGCUUCUGGGCGUUUCCAAGCGCUCCGCAGGUCCUUUGCUUGCACUGUUCUUCCUGAGCCUGACGGCAGGGACAGUACCAGUGUGACACUGGAACCGCGCGUGCCAGCCGAACUCAAAAUCUCUUGUCGGGCACUUUUGUCUGGUACGCGUACGUUUUCAGCAGUCUUCACUUUGCUUUGCCGCCCGCGAGAGACGCGUUUGCUGAGGCACCGCGCGUGCUUGUUGACCAGAGUGCCAUAUCCUAGCGCCAGCAUUAUGGUGUGGCCUGCCGGCGCCGUUGUUUCAAGACGGGUGAGCUUCAGUGAGAACCUUUGCGAUGCCUUCUUGGCACCAUGGGAGGCAUAAAGCUCCCAUCCCACCACCCGACUCUACUGUGCUUCAGCGCUGCGUUGUCUAGGGUGAGCUCGCAGCUUCUCUGGCCACUAGCGAAAAAUUUGUGGCAUGGCAUCGAGUUCAAACAUCAGCCAUUUCUUGAGGCAAGGCGAGAUAAGCAAUCCCAUUAAAAUAAACGCACAUAAGACAACGCUGUAAGCAUGCACUUUGUGCACUUCCACCACCUGUGACGUUUUCAACUGUGAUUGGUCGCGACUUCAGCGAAUUUAAUUUGAAUGCUGUAUGGAAUACCUUAAUCAAAAAUGAACUACUUUCUUCAAAAGUACUUCGCUCUCAGCAGAGAAGUUGCGCGUUAUAUCUCUGCGCGACGUCAUAUCCAUGAGACUUCUAUUUAGCUAUUGUGUCAGCGUCAAGUCUUACGUGAAAUCUCGUGGCUUUGAUCGUAAUGAGCGUCGGACUGAAAAUACUCGUGAUUAACCUCAAAUUGCCGAGUGAAGAUUGUUUCAAGAUCUCCAGAAAUUGUUUCAGCAGACACUACAUUGUAUAGAACAAUAUACAUUGCUCUAGUGCUUUAUUUGAACACAUAUAUACAUUUAACAGGAAAGGGAAAGCUAGGAGGAGGCUGGCAACUGCCACCGGAAGGGGCACAACGCCUGCCUACCCUUCGGAAGGGAGGUGCUUUAUGGCCAUACCUGGCCUUUGCAACGUAAGGGUUCAUGCACCAUUAUCAUACACAUAUGCUUAAUGAAGCAGUGGAGCAAUGGAACAUUUUGUUUUAUUCUGUGUGCCUAUGUACAUGGCUUCUUUGAUUGUUUUAAGCUUGAACGGGAGUUGGGACAUUUUCUCUGGCCAUAACAAAACACUACAGUACUUUAUGCGUGAAAUGCCAGCUUUUGUGAUAAUUUGUGUUGGAAAAUACGAUAGCACGUCUUCUACUUUUUUGUGUGCCAUCUGUACUCAGUACUUCGAGCAGGCGCAGAGAUAUGGAGAAGAAAGCAGAGGGGAGAGGGGGAGGCAUGCGGAAGAAAGACGCUGCUUACACAUGAAAUAUGGCUGCAUUCGUACGGCUGCGUCAACCACCAUUCACGAUUUGCAAGAGAUUUCACAGUAGCGUUUACUUGUCAGUGGUGACGCUCGCAACAGAGUAAAACAUGGCUGCUUCACAAGCGUCAUCCGACAGAAAACGUCGCUCAUCACGGCAACCACGCUAAAUUCUGCUGCGAGUAUGCCUGCCCAACUGUGGUUAGACUAGCCACUUCAGAUUCUGACCACUUCAUCGUGUGCUUACUUGUGAUGCCGAGGUCUUGGCUUUGUUUUUAAGCCCUGUGCAUUGUCGCGUUCCUCUGGUAGAGAGCAGUUGUGAUCGAGACAUUACCUCUUUUGUGUCGCAUAUGAGAGCCCGCUUGUAUACUCACAGCCGUUUUGGGAGUUAAUGGGACGAGUAGGAUGGUUGUUGCUAAAUACACCAGCGAAUUAUGAUGCAGUGUCGUUGUCUAUACGCGACACAAACCACAUGUGUGAGCGCCUUUUCUUGCCGCCGCUAUUUAUGUUACGCAGUUAAAUGGCGCCUUUGUGAUAUGUGGCUUGUGAGGGUAAAAAUGCUAAAACAUGCUGAUGUGAUGAGUCCUUCUGUAAAUAUACGCGUUCUUCGAUACAAAGGUAGCUAGUGAAUGAAACGUUAUGUUACGCACAGCCUUUGCAUCUUUCGAUAGCGUCACUCAGCCUGCCUUGUGUAUAAGUGAUACAGUUACUCGGUGCUUGCUGGAGCGAAACGUGUAGUGACAAAUCCGUAUUUGUUGUUGCAUCUUGUGCUCGCGUUGUAUUUCAGCUCCUUGUUUACACUGUUCCUAAGAUGCCAUCUUAGCUGUAGUCAUGCUGUGAAAACAAAACCUGUUCGCCCGAACAUUCAUUUUUUCAUGAACAUUGCCAUCACGAAACGGCAGACGUUCAUCUUUCCUACGUACUGUAAUGCCGCCGCUUUUUGAUUGUAUGCGCUUUCCUCGACGUAAAUGAAGCAGUCGAGAAGCGAGGCACAAAGAAGUUUGCUGCAUCUUGUACUGAAAUUAAUUGGUUUCUUUAAGAAAAUGUUUUGUAACGGUUUGCUUAACUUCUUCGCGCCGAAGCAGGGAUGUACCUAUUUUAAAUUAAGAGGAGUGGAAGUGUUUUGCAGCGCCCGAAAGAACCUAUGAAUAUACUUUGACCAACAUUUUCUGAGAGCCCCAAAAUCUCACUAGUUCCCCUUGUUUAGCACCCACGGCUCGAGAAACAAUAUUUCCGAAUGAAGUAAUAUUCUUUUUCCGUCACGCUGAUCCCUGCCUGUGGGAUGUUGCUUUCGCCAUUUGGCUGGGCAGUGAAUGAUUGAAUCCCUUACUUUUAUGACGAGAGUGAAGCAACCUUCUGCGUCCAAGCAAAUGGGGUCUCGAUGAUCUUCCUGCAUUAGUCCUGCAUUAUUAUGCUUCGAAUUUAAAGUACAAUGAUUCACGACAUAAAAUUAUGUCCUGAGUGUUCAACACGCACAGUUGUAGACAUCGUGUGGAAGGUGGCGCCAAGUGACUUGCACCUGGUCCUGUAAAUGUUGUUUUACUUCACGCUCAUUCAGCUUGCCGAAAAAAAUUUUGAACUCAACAGACCCACCCUAACUCUUAUAGCAUACGAUAUCUUCCAUUCUCUUGGUAGCGUAAAACAGUUUUACAAAAUUUAACCUACGUCGAUUUUUUAGGCCCGAAGAGGCAACCUGUUCGAAUGACUAGUAUGUGACGGGAAGCUUUUCUUGUGUGAUUUUAUUACUCCUUUCUCGUCACCCAAAAACCCAAGUUUCAGACUUGCGGCGCAAACUGUUGUGCAAUGGUGUCGUGAAUUUCGGUACCCUGGAGAGGAAGUGGAGCAGUUCAGCCUCAGAAAAAAGCACCUAGUUGCGUGCGCCGCAUCACUUCUCACAAUCGUUCCAACUGCACACUCAUGACACUUACGAGGACACUUGUCAUCACUUCGAAACACGCUGACUGCCCAGCCUGCAGUUGACGCGUAUUUUCUAUCCCGCGUUUUCCUCGUUCGCAUUUCCUGGCGAUGCGAACCAACGUUGUCCUUUGCGCUUUUGCCGCUGCAGCGCCACACGAGUCUGCACGAAGCAGCAAUCUCCCUCGUGUUUUUUCAAACGUGCAUUCUAAGACGUUCUUCAAGACUACGGUACGCAUCUGUAGACGAUAGUCAAAAACUUAAAGUGUUUGUUUUCCCGCGUGUUCAUGCAUUCUUCUAGCCGCAGAAAGGCUUUAUUCUUUCUCUAAAAAUUAUCCGACACAUCGCGUUUUCGUACAGACAUCCUCCUAGUAUUUAAGCACACGUAGACGACGUGUAUGCUAUAGUGUAUAACAAAUCUCACGCAUCCACUUAUGGUCACACCCUUGUACCGGCACUACUUUUUAUUAACCUUCAUGAUCCUCAUACCCUUCUCUAUCAUGAUAGCCUUGUGGCACUGUGCGAAGCCAGGUAAUUAAUUCUUUGAGCGACGUCAAUAACCAUAUCGGGCAGAGGCGAUAAUCACGAGUCUAGAAAAGUGAACGCUUGUUAAAUAUCCGUUAGUCAAAGGGUCAGAGCUUAAGCUGUGGUCUGAAGGUAUACUUAAGGCAGGUGAAGUGAACAAUCAAGCAUUACGAAGUUUCUUUCUGCAAAAAAAAAACGACCACAUAUCUUUAGGAUGCGCGCACGCGCGUUUCCUUCAGUUAUCGGUGUCGCCGUUUUCGCGUUACUCGGAUGUGUUCUUUUACACAUAAAGUGUUCACAGAAAGUCAGCGCGUUAUUACGUUGACUUCUAGGUACUAGGUCGCAUGGCAUAAGUUAUUCUCUAUUUAAGUUAUCCGCGUUUUAGCUUACCGUGCGUAGUCAAAACACCCCACGCUCAUUUUUGAAAGCCGCGUUCGUAACACAUCCCCUUUUGUACUUUUUCGUGCCUAUUGUUUCUCAGGGCAAGGGAUAUUGUGAAAUACUCUUAAUGAAGCGCUUGUUAUUUACAUACUGAAUGAGAAAGGUGCAUAGGAAGGGCGAGAAGUUCUCUGUCACUUUCGUUGCUCCGACUGUUUGUGCACUGAGGUAAACAUAAACAGAAUGAACAACGUCGUAAUACGGCUGGAUAAGAUCAUGUGACGGGGAUCGAGUGUUUAGCGUGGCAAGCACUCUGGACAAAUAAGAUACGCGAAUGAGUAUGGUGCUCAUAUUGUCAGGAUUUAACUUUUUCGUCUUUGAUUUCUUUCUUCCUUUCUCCUUUCUCUUCUUUUUUUUGUUUAUUCUUUUAUCCGAGUCGAUAGUUGCUCACUUG